AUGGUUGGCUCAGAUGGGCACUUCGGCAAUAGUUUCUUCGCUCACGAGGAUCAGUCGUUAUCGCCGCUUGCUGGUCGUAUUAGGCUCAGCGCAGAGGCUUUCGAGCCACCAGCAAUUGAGUUUGGGCCCUCCUCCUCUCUGAUCUCACCGGCUCAUUGCGAUACUGCGCUGCUUCCUGCUGUGCCAGCUGAGGCCCCGAAGAGGGUUUCUCCAGCCAGACGUCCGAGAGUCCUGGUGCCGGCCACGCCUCUGACGAUUGAGCGUCGGCGAGGGGAAAUGGCGGCUAACCACGGUUGGCUUGGAUCUGCUGCUUUUGGCAGAUCCGGUUCCCGCGGUCUUUUUUCACCAGGAGAUGUGCCGCAACUACCUGCACUCCCACUGGAAGCUACUAUGGCGUUGUUGGAAAUGACAACCCCGACGCCGGCUACUCGGAACAAACGAUCGAUGCUGCGCAGCCGCUCUAUCUCUAAGUGUAGCGCGAGGAAAUCACAAGAGCCGGCGCCUAUCAACUUGGCGGCUAAGGUCUUACUGAGCCCCCUGGCCACAGUGCCGGAGGAGUGUCCUGAUGAACAGAUAUCGGUUGACCGCGCCAACUACGUCCUCGAUAGAGCCAGAGCAUACGACGAUUCACCGCAACCCAUCGGUCACAGUGCUACGAUAAGCGCCCCUCACAUGCACGCACAUGCGCUGGAACUGUUAGAGCCAUUUAUUGCCGGUGGAGGCAAAAAAAUUCUCGAUGUGGGUAGCGGCAGCGGCUACCUGGCUGUGUGCAUGGCACGGAUGGCCGGCGAGAACAGCAAAGUGGUUGGCAUAGACUACAUAUCACCUCUGGUGCAGUUCUCCUUGGCAAAUGUGAGGAAGAAAGAUGGUGAUCUGUUGGAGUCCGGCCGCCUAGAGCUUAUUGAAGGAGACGGGUGGUCUGGGUACGCGGCUGAAGCGCCGUACGACGCAAUCCACGUUGGUGCAGCAGCUGAGAGUGUGCCGAGGGCUUUGGUCGAUCAACUGAAGCGAGGUGGGAGGAUGGUGAUCCCUGUUGGGCCCUACGGUGGUUCUCAAAUCUUCUAUCAAAUCGACAAGGACGAAUCCGGGGCUGUGACGAAGGAGCCGCUCAUGGGAGUCCAGUAUGUACCACUGGUCAAGCACAGGGAGGCGGCUAUCAGCGACGACAGUGACGAGUUGUAA